AUGGAAGAAGAAAUAGAGUUGGCUGACUUUUCAAGUGAUAAUGAGUCCAUUGAUAAUCUUUGUGAAUCUGAUGAUGAAGAUGUUGAUUGUACUAUUAGCAAAAAGAUAACGGUAUCAGCUCAUAAAGAUGUUGUUGAUGAUUCCUGUUCUGAUACCUCUGAUGAGGAUGAUGCUCCUGGUAUUCAGGUUUCACGAAGUACUGAAAUAUGGCGAAAAUCCUCUAAAUCGAGAAGCGAUGCUCCGUUUACCAAUGAUUUCGGUCCUAACGUUCCUAGUAAUGUUAAAUCACCUUUAGAUAUAUUUCUCUGUUUAUUUCCAGAUGAUCUGAUAGACACAAUUCUUCUCGAAACUAAUGUUUACUUAGAACAAAAUCGAUAUAAACAGCCAUCUGCAACGAAGGAGGGAUUGCUCAUAUUUUUGGGCAUCAAUAUUCUAAUGGGUGUAAAAAAAUGUCCUUCCUAUCGUGAUUACUGGUCUGCUAAUCCUCAGUUGAACGAUUCGUACAUCAGCUCCUUGAUGACUGUCAAUCAUUUUGCUUUUUUUCUAGGUAGUUUACAUCUGGCAGACAAUAGUAAAGAGCCAAAAAAAGGGGAAACGAAUUAUGAUAAACUAUACAAAGUACGACCCUUGCUCGAUAAACUAAGAAAAACUUUUAAAAAUUGUUGGAAACCUAGCCAAUAUCAAAGUGUUGAUGAGUCGAUGAUCAAAUUUAAAGGUCGCAGUAGCAUGAAGCAAUAUAUGCCUGCAAAACCUGUAAAACGUGGAUAUAAGUGUUGGGUUCGUGCCGAUGAAACCGGAUAUACUUGUGAAUUUCAGGUAUUUACUGGUAAAACCGAAAGCACCGAAAAGCAAUUGGGAGCAAGAGUUGUAAGAGAUCUUACCAGAGUGCUUGUAGAUAAUAAUCACCACGUCUAUUUUGAUAAUUUUUUUACAGGUGUAGAAUUGAUGAUGUCACUAAAAAAUGAUAACAUUUUUGCUUGUGGUACUGUGCGCCAGAACCGUGUAAGACUGCCAAAAAGCGACAUACCUGAUAAAAAAAUGCAUCACGGACAGAGUGAUUUCCGGACAUCCAACACUGGUAUUCGUUGGAUCAAAUGGAUGGACAAAAAAGCUGUCUACUUUUUAUCAAAUUAUCAUGAUCCUAGUGAAGUAGAAACUGUACAACGGAAGCAAAAAGAUGGCUCCUUGAAAACCAUUAAUUGUCCCAUCAUGGUUUCCGAUUAUAAUAAACAUAUGGAGAAGGGUUUGAAUCCAAUUUUGUCUUCCAAGGAAUUCAAAUUACGUUUGGUAGACCAACUGGUUGGACAUAAAUUACAAACAACAAAGGGCAGAAAGCCACAAGCUGCUAAAGUUUCCAAUUACAAACCGCAAGUGUCAAUUGAAAAAGGCGAUCAAAAUCAGCUCACUUACCCGAGAAUACUGCUGCUUCAAAGCGUUGUGCUCAUUGCAGUACAAAAAAUGAUCAGCGACGAACAUCAUGGAUUUGUAAAAUAUGCAAUGUCCCACUCUGCUUAA